GUGACGCAGGGCCCUGAGUCUGCGGCUGCAGGAGGAGCUCGGACCCGCGUGCACCCGCUGGCCGGGCCCUCCGGCUCCCCCGGCUCCCCGGGGGACCUCGGCGGCAGUCCCCGGACCUAUCUCCCGAGCACAGCCAUGUCUGGCAACGGCAACGGGGCCGCGACGGCGGAAGAAAACGGCCCAAAUAUGAGAGUGAUUCGUGUGGGUACCCGAAAGAGCCAGCUGGCUCGCAUACAGACAGACAGUGUGGUGGCAAUGCUGAAAGCCUUCUACCCAGGUCUGCAGUUCGAAAUUGUUGCUAUGUCCACCACAGGGGACAAGAUUCUUGAUACUGCACUCUCUAAGAUUGGAGAGAAGAGCCUGUUUACCAAGGAGCUGGAACAUGCACUGGAGAAGAAUGAAGUGGACCUGGUUGUUCACUCCCUGAAGGACCUGCCCACUGUGCUUCCUCCUGGCUUCACCAUUGGAGCCAUCUGCAAGCGGGAGAACCCCUAUGAUGCUGUUGUCUUUCACCCAAAAUUUGUGGGGAAAACCCUAGAAACCUUGCCAGAGAAGAGUGUGGUGGGAACCAGCUCCCUGCGGAGAGCAGCCCAGCUGCAGAGAAAGUUCCCACACCUGGAGUUCAAGAGCAUUCGGGGAAACCUCAACACGCGGCUGCGGAAGCUGGAUGAACUGCAGGAGUUCAGCGCCAUCAUCCUGGCCGCCGCUGGCCUGCAGCGCAUGGGUUGGCAGCACCGGAUGGGGCAGAUCCUACACCCAGAGGAAUGCAUGUAUGCUGUGGGUCAGGGGGCCCUGGGCGUGGAAGUCCGAGCCAAUGACCAGGACAUGCUGGAUCUGGUGGGUGUGUUGCAUGAUCCGGAGACUCUGCUUCGCUGCAUUGCCGAGCGAGCCUUCCUGAGGCACCUGGAAGGAGGCUGCAGUGUGCCCGUGGCAGUGCAUACAGCCAUGAAGGAUGGGCAACUGUACCUGACUGGAGGAGUCUGGAGUCUAGACGGCUCAGAUAGCAUGCAAGAGACCAUGCAGGCCACCAUCCGUGUCACUGCCCAGCAUGAAGAUGGCCCCGAGGAUGAUCCACAGCUGGUGGGGAUCACUGCCCGGAACAUUCCACGAGAAGCCCAGCUGGCUGCUGAGAACCUGGGCAUCAGCUUGGCCAGUUUGUUGCUGAACAAAGGAGCCAAGAACAUACUGGAUGUUGCACGGCAGCUUAACGAUGCCCACUAACUGGUCUGUGGGGCGCAGGUGCCUGGGUCCUAUUGUCCAGUGCCUACCUCCCAGCCCUCAGUGCCCUAUCCUCACUGCUACCUGGUGAGUGAUUACCCCAGGGAUUGAACUGCAAGGUCAGAGACUUACUUACCUCACUUUGGGGCUGUGGGGAGUGCCUUGCCUCUGCAGUAGGUGGGGGUUUCAUCUCUUUAGAGAAAAAGUUCAAGCCACGGCCUUUGAAUGUAUGUAACCAACUCAACUAAUAAACCAGCUCUGAAGGUGA